GACAGUUGUAAUGCUGAUUGUAGUGUAGUGUUGUUGUGUUGUUAUGUAUGUCGUGUGCGCGAGAACGAGUGCAGCAGCAGCAGCAGCAGCAGCAGUAGCAGCCAGCGAGCAGUGAGCAGCAGCAAAGAGUAGCGGCAGCCGUCGUUUCGUUCGGUUUCGUCGGGGUUUUGUGUAGUGACAAUAAUCAACCAGGUGACAUUACAAGCUAUUGGCAGUAAAGUUACGGCUACCGUUUCGCGGAUUGGUGUUUUGACGCUUGCCAGAACCGUGUUCACCGAAUGCUGUCAUCGACUGGUAGUAUCGACAACGACGUGUGUGACUUUGGAUUGUGAUUCUUAUCAAUAGCAUGUGCUCCACCGUUUUACCGUUCGCGCCGUGAUUUGUCCGAAAGCCUCUGUAAUUAAUUAUGAAAGUGCAGUGAUUUUACACAAAUAAAGUGUGUGUGUGUGCCAUAGCAGUGGGUUUCAUUAGAACAAGAAUCGAUGGAUGAUGGAUUAUCGAAUAAGUCGCACCAGUGCAUUCGCGCGUUAUGAAUGAUACACACGAAAAGUGGAAAAAUGAAUCAAUAUUUUGGAUGAUCUGAGUGAGCCGCGAGUGAUUAACAAUUCGCAGCAAUAGUGCUUCUUUGUUGUGCUUCAAUAGUGUCAAUCGGAGACAGAAAAAAAACAUACACACAAAAUCACAAACAACAGGUCGCCCCAAAAUACGUGAAAUACAUGUGAGUUAGUGGAGUCCAAUCAUAGCACUGUAGGUACGCAUAUCCCAGAGUGAAUGAUUGAGACAGUGUUAAGCAGUGAACGGCGGUCCAGCAUUCCAGGCGGAGAGAAAACCAUGUCACAUUUUCCUUUCCGAGGAUCGCCCACUACCCAGAGUACUACACCUUCCGCACCAUCCUCACCGCCCGCAGCUCCUGUUGCGAUGGCUGUCACAACGACAGUGCCUCCGGGAGCCCGCAGUACCUCCCCAUGCUCAGCAACAUCCGGUCCGCCAACGUCCGGCAGUGGACGGUGUUGUGACACUGGCCGGCCAAUCUUCACCGAUCCCAUCUCAGGUCAGACGGUAUGCUCGUGUCAAUACGAUCUGAUAAACUACCAGCGACUGGCAAGUGCUGGUAUCGCCGGUCCCGGCGGCGUUCCCCUAUCGAUGUAUAGUGCGCCCUAUAGUCCCGAAACUAUGGCCGCAUAUUUCCCAGCUAUUGGGGCCGAUCAGGCACCGUUCUACGCAAAUCCAGCCGCCGCCGGAAUUGACCUGAAGGAAAAUCUCGCAGCCGGUGGUGCACCAUGGCCUUACCCCUCCGUCUAUCACCCGUACGAUGCGGCCUUCGGUUACCCCUUCAACUCCUACGGAAUGGACCUGAACGGAGCACGCAGGAAAAACGCCACCCGCGAAACUACGAGCACACUGAAAGCGUGGCUAAACGAGCACAAAAAGAACCCAUAUCCGACCAAAGGCGAAAAGAUCAUGCUAGCGAUAAUCACGAAAAUGACCCUCACGCAAGUAUCCACGUGGUUUGCGAACGCGCGGCGCCGGCUGAAAAAGGAAAACAAGAUGACCUGGGAGCCCCGGAAUCGCGUCGAGGACGACGAUGUUAACCUGGACGACGACGACGACGACAACAAAAGUUUGAAAGAUGAUAAAGAGAUUCUAGAUUCCAAAGACUCUGGCACGGGUUCGAGCGAGGACGGUGACCGACCCUCCAGAUUAGACAUGCUGGAUCGACCGGGUAACAGUGAUUGGAACGAAUCACGGAAUGGCAGUGGUCCCAACUCGCCCGAUAUAUAUGACCGGCCAAUGCCGGGGCACCCCUUGCUACAUCCUUCCAACUUCCCACCCCAUUUACGAUCUUCGAUAGGAACACCUCCGGAGGUAAAUCACACGCCAAGCGGAAGUACAAACCCUAGCAAGCCAAGAAUAUGGUCUCUGGCCGAUAUGGCGAGCAAGGAAAACAAAGACUCCGAUGCGUCGUCGCCGACGGCAGGAUAUCUGUCGCCGGGAAAGAUCGUUACACCGCUGGCCGGUCGUGGGUUGAACCCCUUGCAUCAUCACCCCUAUAUGAGGCCCGAGUUCUACCGUAACCUGUACGGGCCCCACCUAACGUCUGGUUCCGCCGAGGUAUCCCUGCUGGAGUCGUAUCAGCGAACUUUCGGAGCAACGCUGGCCCACAAUGGGAUUCCCGUCGGUAUCAAUCCGCUGAUAUCGAAAGCGUCCGGUAGUGGGCCUCCCUUUGCCCCACUGAGUCUCACAACCGGUGGCAAUCCGCACAUGGCGUCCCAACCGGGCGCUUCUCCUGCCUCAAGCACCUCCUCUGGACCAGAGAAUCUGACUCCAUCCUCGCCGCCAACAGAGAAGCUGAUGUCCGUUGUCAACACUUCCAAACCAUGACUGUUAGAAAUCAAGUAAGUCAUCACUAUCACCUAACUAUCGCAAGGCUGUAGUUUUGAAAUUCGAUGAAUACAAGAAAAUACAAUCAGACAAUAAUAAUGAAUGUGAUUAUGAGUUUCCCCCCAUUCUCGUCUAACACAAUCGAUAGAAAUCAGGACUUCUUCUUUCCCUGCUGCUAGGAGUUUGUUCACCUCAAAUAUACUCAAAUCCAUUAGAGCCGAUAAAAACACGUUAUCAAGAGAGCCAAAAUUCAUUUAAAAAAACGCAUAGUAAAUUUAUCGUAAAACACACAGGGAAAGAAGCCAUAACAAAUUUGCAAUCACUAGAGCGACAAUUAUUCUCGAAUUCAUUCCGAGUUUUGGUUUCGCGCAACUAGCUAUUUUCAAUGUCUUCAAUGAUUGGGCGAAAAAUUCCAAAUGCCGUCGGCAAAAGGGAGCAGCUCCCAAACGCAAAUAAUCUCAAAGUUGUUUGCCGUAGUUCUCAACAGCGCCACCGAAUGACGGAACGAACAAAACGAAAACUAAUCUCGCUCCCUUCCUCCCUCACCACUCCGCUCUUGCUUCUGAUAAAUUUGAUAAAAAAGAAACCCAAAUUCUGAAGUGCAACGAAUUAGUCAUAAGAACGAGAAAGGAGCAAGCCGCAAAAAAACCCGCGCGAAUGAAGAUCGUUGUUAAAUUCUAUCGCCCAAAUUUAAGUUUUAUUGUGUUCAUAAAACAAAUGGUCGGACGCAGUGAAACUCGGAGAUUUUCGUUCACACCAACAAAGAACUGUUUUUGUACAUUGUAAUGAAAUGUUUGUAUAAAUACAAAAUUUAAUUGAUAACAUCUAAACGAACGUGUUGUAAAUAAGGACUUAUAGAUAACAGAAAAUAGUGUAUGUGAUAUUAAAAUGUAUUAAAUAAUAAUUGAUAAGAGGGUAAAUAGUAGCGCGCCGCGAAUGAACGUUUUUAUUUUAUUUUUAUCGCGUAUCGUUCUUUUAUUGAACGUGUUUUUCUUUUUGUUCGUCGUUCCUUCUUUCCGUAGUCAAUCUUGUUUCUUACCCUCACCAAAAUCUUCUGCUAGGUUCUGCUAGAUAGCCAUUGCGUUUAAUUAAUGUUUCUGUAAACUAAGAACAUAUCACGGGGAACUCACUAAAGCCAUUUCAUUAGUUCAAAAAUUAGCAUUUGCCAUCUUCUUAACUAUCAGAGAAAAAAAAACGAGACCAAAUGUUGAACAUGGGAAAAGAGAGUGGUAAAAAAAAUAUAUGUGGAGGAGGCACAGACAUUUGUUUCAUUCGACUCAACACUCCACGGAUGUAAAUUAUCGCAAAGAUUUGUGAAGGAGAAAGCCGAUAGCUGGAAACAAUCUUUGUAAAACUGUAUAAAAACUACAUUAGUUAAUUAUUUAACCAUCCUAUUUAUUUUUAUUGAGAAAUUUAGCUAAGCGUUAGGUGGAGAAUUACAACCGUGUAAAGCGAAAGCACUUGCGUUAAUUUGGCUAACCGAAACAAAGUGAAACGCGUAUAUAUAUAUAAAUUAAACUUUAUAUAUUAUAGAGGUAAUUAAUUACAAUAAUUGUACUGUAAAUGAUCAUGAAACUGUGCAUGAAAACAAGAAACAACAAAAACCAUCGUAAUGUUACUAGUUGCAAUAAAGAAAAUG